CUCAAGUACUCCAAAUUAUUUUGGGCGUACAUUCGUUGAUCAUCGUCUCAUCUUUUGUUUUGGGUGGAUUCCUGCACUUCCUUUCCAUUCAUUCCCCACCACGCUCUCUCGUGAAAUGAAACAAAUUUAUUUAUUUAGUUCUGCACUUGCUUUCCUUACUUCUGCUGUCUUGGCGGCACAACAGGGUGCCACUUGCAACUCAACGAACCCAUGUUCAUCCCAGUAUCCUUGUUGCAGUGAAUACGGAUUCUGCGGUGAUGGAUAUUACUGUCUCGGAGGAUGCAACCCCCUUGCGUCUAACACUCUCAACUCGUGCAAUCCCAGCCCAAUGUGCGAGAAUGCUAACUACACGCUUUCGGAUACCUCUCGCAUCCUCAGUAACUAUACCUACUUCAAUGGGAAUGCCUCUGAGUAUGACUGGGUUGUGGAACAAGGGUCAAUUAUUAAUACUACAUCCAACGGCGAGGCUGCAAUUGCCGUCCUCCUCACUGAAAGCGGUGGCGGUACUCUUCUGUCUUCAACCAGAUACGUGCAUUACGGUCAAAUCACAGCUAGAUUACAAACUGGCCGCUGGGCAGGCGUCGUUACUGCAUUCAUCACCAUGUCUAGCAUUAAAGAUGAGAUCGACUGGGAAUUCCCUGGUAAUCAGACGACCACCGGACAGACCAAUUAUUUCUGGCAGGGAGUCAUUCCUACACAAACUGCUGGUGUAACUGAGACUGGUCUCACGGAUACUUAUUCCAAUUGGCAUGAUUUCACUAUCGACUGGCAACCUGACUCGCUGACCUUCUUGGUGGACGGAAACGUGACGCGCAUUAUUACGGCUGUUGAGGCUACGAACAACGCGACGGGCGUGGCCCAGUUCCCCACCACACCCAGUCGCAUCCAGUUGAGUAUUUGGCCGGCCGGUAUCUCCACCGAGCCUCAAGGCACGGUUCAAUGGGCCGGAGGUAUGAUCAACUGGAACGACCCCGACUAUGUCUCCGCUGGCCACUUCUAUGCGCUCUUCCAGUCCGUCUCGGUACAGUGCAACGAUCCCACCACUCCCAGUGCCUCCGACACAUCUUACAUGUACGGUGCCAACUCCUCCCUGGACACGCCCAGCAUCGCGUUCUCGAAUGCCAGCACGAUGAUUAACGGCGCGCCUGCCUUGAUUGGCAUGAGUACUGGUGCGAUGAGCAUGUGGCUCGGCGUUUCGGUGGCGCUCGGCCUUGGUGGCUUGGUAUUGUAA